GGUGCGGGAGGAGGCGGCGGCGCUGGCCGGGAGGGGGGCUCGGACCCGCCGCUCUCGGAUGCGCACGGGGGGGGCCAGCGCCGCCCGUGGGCCAUGGAGCUGCCCACGGAGCUGCCCACGGAGCUGCCCACCGCUGCCGGUACCUCCUGGGGCAACGGCACUGCCUGGGCCCCCCUGCCCGGCCACGGGGUCAAUGACACGGGGCCGCAGAGGGCCAAGAACGCCACCUCCAUCCUCAUCGCCAUCGUCAUCACCGCGCUCUACUCCGUGGUGUGCGUGGUGGGGCUGCUGGGCAACGUCCUGGUCAUGUACGGCAUCGUCAGGUACACCAAGAUGAAGACAGCUACCAACAUCUACAUCUUCAACCUGGCCCUGGCAGAUGCGCUGGCCACCAGCACGCUGCCCUUCCAGAGCGCCAAGUACCUGAUGGAGACCUGGCCCUUUGGGGAGCUGCUCUGCAAAGUUGUGCUCUCCAUUGACUACUACAACAUGUUCACCAGUAUCUUCACCCUCACCAUGAUGAGUGUGGACCGCUACGUUGCCGUGUGCCACCCGGUUAAGGCCCUGGACUUCCGCACACCAGCCAAGGCUAAGAUCAUCAAUGUCUGCAUCUGGGUGCUCUCCUCCCUCAUUGGGGUACCCAUCAUGGCCAUGGCGGUCACCAAGUCAAAAGCAGACGGGAUGGUGCUGUGCAUGCUCCAGUUUCCCGAUCCUCCCAUCUACUGGGACACCGUGACCAAGAUCUGUGUCUUCAUCUUCGCCUUCAUGGUCCCCAUCUUGGUCAUCACCAUCUGCUACGGGCUGAUGAUCCUUCGCCUGAAAAGCGUCCGCCUCCUCUCGGGCUCCAAGGAGAAAGACCGCAAUCUGCGGCGCAUCACACGCAUGGUGCUGGUGGUGGUGGCAGCCUUCAUCAUUUGCUGGACACCCAUCCACAUCUUUGUCAUCGUCUGGACGCUGGUGGACAUAGACAAGAAGAACCCCUACGUGGUGGCCAGCCUGCAUUUCUGCAUCGCCCUGGGUUAUACCAACAGCAGCCUCAACCCAGUCCUUUACGCUUUCCUGGAUGAAAAUUUCAAGAGGUGUUUCAGAGAGUUUUGCCUGCCUUUCCGAGCCCGCGUGGACCAAAACAGCUUCUCCCGCGCCAGAAACACCACGCGGGAGCGUGUCUCCACCUGCACCCCUUCUGAAGCCCGCAACAAGCCGGCAUGACUAGACGUGGGCAGCCCCCAGUGGGGCUGCCAGGGCCACGGGGGGGAUGACCUGCGCUCAGAAGUGACCCAGGUCACCACCACGGAGCUCUAGCAGAGCGGUGGCCCGGGCGCUGUUUGAUAACGCCACUGGGUUCUGUUCAGACUGAAAGCAAGUGAUUGCAAAGACUUUUUUCAUCCUGGAGAACCCAGGAUGGGGGAAUGAGGACUCACCAAGCAAUGUAGGGAGAGGACCAAAACAAGAGGCGACCUGGGCAAAGCUGCUCUGCUGCUGCUCCCACCGCUGCCGGGGAAAGCCGGCAGCCCCGCACACCCAGUGCAGGCUGUCACUCUCCAAAAGGUGGCUGUCGGCAAAGCCCAAGGAUCCUGGGACACCACGACUGCAAUGACCACGUACUUCUCCUCCUACAUGGGCCAAGGUGGCAUCGCAUCCGAGGCAAAAGGGGAAACACUCCCGUGGCAGAAAGGGACUGUGCCAGGAGGUGCUGCCAUGUCAUGGGGCCUCACUCCAUGCCCUCUGAGCUGUGUCCAACAAACAGCCACAGAUGGGAAGAGAAAACGAUGCCGCUUAGAGACAGUGUUAUCAAAAAGCGUCAGAUCCACAGUAAAAAUUUUACUGGAGUCCUUCAAACCGGGACUGGCCCCAGAGGACAACUUUCUACUGUUAAUGCCAUUACUGUAUUAUUUAGAAACCUCUGACUGCAGCCUAGACACGGCUGUGAUGCUGGGAAUACGGAUAAGGCCAGGGGGUGGCUGGGGUGAUGGAGCAGGGCACGUCCCAAGCUCACCCCAUGUCCGUGUGCUGACGCCAAAUUCCCCCAGCAUCCACCAGGGUGACAGGGAACUGCUCCUCACCCAUCUGCCUCCAAAGACAUUAAGCCCAAGAAAGAGCUCAUUAAGAGAGCAAUCUGUGGGGACUUGAGGAGUUUCUCACAGUGCUAAAGCAAUUGGGAUGGACUAAUGGGUGGUGCUGCGAGGGCUCUCCCUCCACUGCCCGUUGGGUGAAGGAUGAGCAACAGCGCUGCCCGGAUUUCCUUUAGCAAAGCCAAAAAGGAUAGGAUUAUUAUUUUAGUAGAAGAUGGGAAAAAUAUCACCAUCGUUUCGUAAUUCCCCGAGCAGGGGAAGUGCAAGCGCUCUCUGUGCUGAGAAAGGACCCACAGCCCGUGAGAGGCAGAGUUUUGGGGAUUUCACGCCCAGCACUCAUCUGGAUGGAGCAGCCAUCCCUCCCAAGAAGUGGCUGAGCUCCAAGGCAGCACAUCCUGCAGGAGUCACCAGCCAGGGACCUCUGGACCGCAUUAUCUGCCACUAAACGAUGACCGAUGGGUCCUCCUGGUCUUCUGCUCCCUGAAUCACCCCCGCCGGCUGCGAGCAGCAUCCGGGAGCCACAAUUUUUCCUUCCUCUCACCUUCCCACCACCGCGGCUGUGGCUGGGAGGUCAAACAGGCUGAGGAGGAGGAGGCUCAGAGGGAGCGGUAAUAGCAUUUAGUGGACAAAUUGAUGCAGCUGGAGGAAGCAGACAAGUGCCUGGGUGCACCUGGGGCUCGUGGGCUGCAUGGAGGGCCUGGGUUGUGUCUCUGGUUUUUCCAGUUGCAUCAAUUUAGCCAAAUAAAGGUCAUUACCUCUCCUUACCAGCCCUACCUUUCUCCGGAGCCUGUGGAAAUUGCAGCCUCCCCAUUAGGAAGGCAGAGCUGACACGGCAGCCAACACCAAUUUCUCUUUCAAAGGAACCAAACAGGGUGAAAUUUCCCAUUUGGAUCUCAAAUUAAUUGCUGCCGAAGCACACGAACGAUCCUCCUCAUCUGCCUGCACCGUGUCCCCUUGGCCUGAGCAAAAGCCUCUUGCUGGGUGCUGCAUCAGCCCAGAUAGCUCCAGCUCCUGCCCAGGGCUCCUCAGGAUCCCUUUGCAGGCAUGGAUGGGGUCCUGGUCCACCGGCAGAGCCACGCUUGCUCUGCUCAUCCCCUGCUGCCACAAGCCCGGCAGCAACGCUCCAGUGUGGAGCACUGGGUGCAGGAGGCUGAGCAGGAUCGGCUCCAGGGCAGGAGCUGAGCGAAAAUCCCCAGGGUCCCACGAGGCUGAGCUUCAGCUGCAUGAGAAGAGGGACUAAAGUGUCUAGAAGGAGUUGGAGGCCACCCUUCAGCUCUCCACCUCCACCCAACCUAGGGGCAAAACCCUCAGCGCCGUGCAGUGGGAAAGGCUCUUGGUUUGGAGCUGGCUUAUGGUGGGGUCGUGGCAAGGGUGGGAUGUGCCAGCAGGGCUGGGUGUCCUUGCAGGGGUGGGAUGUCCCACGCUGUGGAUCAGGAUGUCUUGUGUUUCACUCCAGGCUUCAGCAUGAAGCUGAAUUCCACCUUGGUAUCUCUAUUUGAGGGGUAACCCCAAAACUGUGAUGACCCAAAAUCAUUGGUCUCUUUAAUCCUCCUUAGCCGGUGCCUCAUUGUCCCCUAGAAAUACCGACCCCAUGGUCGAGGCUGGUGAAGGCACAAAGGACAGCAGCGUUUCCAGCCGUAGCAGCGGUGGCUGCCGAGAGCACAGCUAAGAAACUGGGGGGCACAUGGGAGGUGAAGCCCAUCACCCCUGCGUGGGGCAUCUCUGCCCCAGCACAGCCCCUUCGGGGACACGCCAUCGUGUUGGGGGGACCAAGUUGCGAGUGCCGGAGGCUGCAGGUUGGCUCGGGACUCCACAGGCAGCUUGGCCACCCCCCAAAACUCAACCACCCCAUUUCCCAUCCCCACAGGUUCUUUCCAUCUGGGGGAGCUCUGCCAAAUUCCCAGCCCGUGUCUGCAAUGGCCUUAAAGCAGGUUAAAAGGCUUCAAGUCAUACGAUUUUUUAAAUGCAGCCACACUUGGGCAGAGCUGGGAGCCCAGGAUGCAGUGAGAAUCGUGGCUUUUCUUAGGUUUUGCUGCCAAAAGAAAAAAAAAACCAAAACAAAAACAAAAAAAGAAUAUUCCUGGGGAAAAGGGGACAUUGAUGGCAAACACCGCACCAGAGCCCUUGUGAUGACACGGAGGGGCAUCACCCGCCUGCCCGUUUCAGCAGCAUCCCGGCAGGCGUCCAAGGGCUGAUCCAGCUUCUCCCCACAAUGGCACCCACCCAAAAGCAGCUCCACCAGCCCCUCACCGGGUCUGGGAAACCAGGGUCGGAUCCUGACCCCGGGCAACAUCGCUGGGAGCUUAUAUCUGCCCACACAGAGCCACGCCGCAGCUGGGGUGCUCAGAGAGCACUCUCUGUAUGCUUAUAUAUAUGUAUAUGUAUGUAUAUCUCUCUCUGUCUAUAGCUGUAUGAAAUUAAAGUGACCCCAAGGCACCCCAUCCCGUCCCCCGCUAUAGCAGCCCCCUGCUACUCCAUGUGUGAUGGAGCUCGGGCUCCUGCCCGAAUCUGCCAGGUCCACAGCAUCGACUGGCACCUUGCAAAGUGCUUCAGCCAAUAAAUCCUGCUUCAGACCUCAUGAUUUUGGGCUUUCAAUGACAUUUCUGUAUAGGAACUGUGCUUUCUAAAAAAAAAAAAUUAAUAAAAUAAGAGAUUGCAAGCAGUUUCCAGCUCUCCUUUGACUCUCAGGCACUGAAAAUGAGCAGGGUCCUUCUCAGGGCAGCAUUCUGGGGAGUGGUGGGAGAGGAAUCAUGUCUAAAUUCAAGUUUUGAAAACUGUACUGGGAAAAAAACCCCAGCUUCAUAAACCCCAAGCCCCUUUAGCUGAGGUUAUUUUGCAAGCCCCGGUAAC